UACACUCAAUAUUAUUUCGUGCUGGAUGCAUGCAGUGUUUUUAAUUAAUUAUAUAUAAGGUGUCUGGUGGAUAUAGUGUCUUGGAAAUACGUGUAAGAUGCAUACAUGGCUGCAUUUCAUGAUAUUAUUGGCUUUGUUGUAUGGAACAAAUGCCUACAAAUAUUUGGUUGUUAGUCCAAUACCGGGGAAAAGCCAUGCAAUUUUGGGAAGCGCCAUGGUUACGCAUUUAGCUAAUGCUGGACACGAGGUGACUUAUGUAACUGUGAUUCUGCCAGAAAAGCCAAUACCGAGAGUAACAGUUGUUGAUCUAAGCGAUAAUCUGAAAUAUUUUCCUGCAGAUGGAGCCAUGAAUCUAAAGGCAAUUAUGGAUAAUACGCAUGAGGGUAAUAGUUUAUUAGCUUUCGUACCAAUGACCAUAAAUAUGAGCAGGAACACUCUGGAACACCCGAAUUUACAAAAGUUAAUAAGAGACAAAAAUCAAAAAUUUGAUGCUGUGAUAACUGAAUGGCUUUUCCACGAAGUAUUUACUGGAUUUGCAGCAGUUUUUGACUGUCCUUUGAUAUGGUUCUCAACUGUACAACCUCACUGGAUGGUUGUGCGACUGGUAGAUGAGAUCCCUAAUCCAGCUUACACAGUGGACAUCUUAUCUGAUAACGUUCCACCGUUAACGUUUAAGCAACGGGUCGAGGAACUAUGUUUUCAGACGAUGGGCAGGCUUUUACAAACUUUUUGGGUAUCUGGUCUUGAAGAAAAUAUCUAUAAUGAAUUUUUUGUACCGGCUAUUAGAGAUAGACAUAAUACCGUACCAUCUUUUGAAACACUAAGGUAUAAUGUUUCUUUAAUUUUGAGCAACUCGCACGUAUCUAUGGGUGGUCCAGCAAGAUUGCCAGCUAAUAUAAUUCCUAUAGGAGGAUAUCAUAUUAGUUCAACAGUGAAACCAUUACCUGAGGAUCUGCAAAAACUGAUGGACAACGCAAAGCAUGGCGUGAUUUAUUUUAGCAUGGGUUCAAACUUAAGAAGCAAACAGUUCCCGGAAAAGGUCAAAGCAGAAUUGCUACAAAUGUUUGGUAAAUUUAAGCAGACAGUGAUAUGGAAAUUCGAAGAGAAUUUACCCAAUAGACCUAAUAACGUUCAUAUUGUUCAGUGGGCACCACAACAAAGCAUUUUAGAACACAAGAAUUGUAUUUUAUUCAUCACACACGGAGGUCUGCUCUCAAUAACUGAGUCGAUACAUUUCGGAGUACCCACAAUUGGAAUACCAGUUUUCGCCGAUCAAUUUGUAAACGUAGCGAGAGCUGUUAAAAACGGCUACGCGCAAAAAGUAGAUUUAUCAUAUUCGAUGGCUGCAGACAUAGAAAAAGCAAUUAAAGAAUUUCUUCAUAAUCCAAAGUACACAACGCGGGUAAAGGAAUUGUCUCAAAUAUACCACGACAGGCCAAUACCACCGGAGAAGGAACUAGUGCAUUGGGUAGACCAUGUUGUAAGGACACAAGGCGCACCGCAUCUUCGCUCUCCAGCCUUCAUGGUACCCUGGUACCAAAAGCUUUACUUAGAUUUUAUUUUAGUUUUGCUAGUCAUUGUUUUAGUUUUAAAAUAUGUUUUGAAAUUUAUAAAGAGUUUAAUCUUAGCAAAAAGAAAAGAAAAAAUUAACUAG